GAAUAAGAAUUUCGAAUAUUCGAUCAAUUGGUAAACGAUGAUAUAUCUAGACCAAUUGAACUAUAUAUAAAAGUCUCAUUUUCUGUGACGGAACAAAUGAUUUUGGAAAAUAAGAAAGAACAAAAGGAGAAAAAAAUGGUUUCUUACAAGAGAGAGAGAUGACAAACUGCUCAAGUAGCGAGUGGCGUUGGAUUUUGAAUGAAACGGCCCCGUUUCACCACAUUUCUGUUUCAAUUUUUCUUGCUGAUUAGCAAAGCGCCCCCUUCAGAAGCCGACAGCAAAGAAUUGAUAACUGAACGAAGAAAAAGAUAGAAUGCAAUAAAAAAAUCAGCAGAAUUUGGAAGACUGACACCUCCUUUCUACAGUCUCCUCCUCACCCAGAUGCGUCAUCUUCCUCCUCUGGUUCUAGAUUUUUUCUCUCUCAAUUUUGAAUCUUUUCAAGCCUUGCUUUUGACCCAGAUCCUCUAUUUGAUUCUGGUUAAUUUCUAAGAUAUAGGAUUUUAAUGGCGGCAGCAGAAGCAAGGGCUGCUUUUCAGAGGACAGUUAAUCGUUGCUUUGUCCAAGAAGAUGCCAAAAGAGCUCCCAGAUUAGCUUGCUGUCAGUCAUCAUCUUCAACAUCCAAACAGGUUGAUUCUGGACCUGCCAAUGCAGCAGCAGAUGGGCCAGAUCAACCUUCUACUGGAUUUAUGCCUUCUAGCAGAGCUUCCUCAUAUUCGAAUCUGCUUCCUGACUCAAAAUGGUGGCUUCAGACGCAAUCUAGUUAUGGAUUCCAAAAGAUUUUCACCCUAGAACACAUUAAUCCUUUAGAGGCUGGCAAUGAAACUUCAAAAUCUGGUACUGAAAAAUCAUGUACUUCAAGUGAUAUUCAUCGACCUGAAGGUAGCAAUACUGUUUGUGGAGUUGAUGAUUUUAGCAGGUCUUCUCUAGAUACUGAUCAUGGUGUCUCUGGGCUUUGUACAAAGAGAGUGACUACAAUUUUGAAUGAAGACAUUAAAACCUUGGAAGGCACAGAUUCUCAAGAAUGUGUUGGUAGUGUAGAUAUGAAAGCAGACUUCGAGUGUUUAGAAAAGGAUUCUUUCAACAGCAAAACAGUUUCCAAAAAUCAAGAUGAGUUUUACUUUGAUCCAGAUUCUCCUUGGAUUCAAGAGGAAAAGGCUGAGCCGUGGUGGUGGAUAACAGAUAAAGAUGAAUUGGCCUAUUGGGUUGCACAGAAAUCUCUUGAUCAUAUCGAGAAUUGUGAUCUUCCACCUCCUAAAAAAACUUGCUUGAGCUUUAAGAGAUGCCCUUAUGCUAAAAAACAAUGCUAUGAACACAAUACAAAUUUGGUUUCUACCUUCGAGUCAACCCACCAAAAUUGUGGAUUGGAUUUUUGUCGUUUUGGCAGAACACAGAGAGACCUGAGUGAAUCAAUUGAACAAGGGAACUUGCUUCAUUUAUCUCAUAAAUCUUCUAGCUGUACAAAUCCCGACGACUUGACAAAAACAAUGCAAACUUCUGAGGAUAAUACUAGCAAAGCUGAACUAAUGGAUGCACUGCUACAUUCUCAAACACGUGCUAGGGAAGCCGAGAUUGCAGCAAAGCGAGCUUAUGCCGAGAAGGAGCAUAUAGUUGAGCUUUUCGUCAGACAAGCAACCCAACUCUUUGCAUAUAAGCAGUGGUUUCAACUGCUGCAGCUAGAAAGCCUGCAGAUCAAGAACAGCAAUCAGCCGAUGUCCAAUCUUUUUCCUUUGGUUCUUCCAUGGAAGUCCUACAAGAAUAUGGUGUCUCAUAAGCGAUGGCGGAGAGUCACUGGGCAGAAAAGAGUCGAGCAGGAUCAGCGUAAAAGUGAUAUUUCUACUUAUGCUGUUGCUUUUGCUCUAGGAUUGAGCCUGGUCAGUGCAGGUUUGCUUUUGGGAUGGACUGUAGGGUGGAUGCUUCCCUCUUUCUAGGCUUUAGUUUGGAUGAACUUCUCUUUGAAGGAAAGAUGAAUUGAGAAGGGUACGUGCUCAAUCAAAUAUAUAAGCUUUGUGUGUAUCUCUGUAACAUACCUUUCCAAUAUGUGGAAUGUUGUUUAUAUAUAUGAGGAUUUGAUUUAAUGAAGAGAAAGAAUCUCUCUUUCGGUUCUUUA